AUGAAUGCUGCUCUGUCUGCUGCCGUGGCUCUGUUCUCUGUGGUGGUUUUGUGCUGCCGCGUCCUGUCGCUGAAGUUCACACUGGACGCUGGGACGAGAUCUCAACGAGCAGAGCUAUUUCAAACUGUUGCGUCCGUCCCUCAGAGUGAUGUUACUCUGCAGACUCUGCUAAACCCUGCACAGGGCCAGGACUUCGCUAUAAGAGCGCUCGUGGACUUUCUUGUAGCCGUCGGGCUGUUGUGGAUGUAA